CGACCUUUCAAGUGCGUUGCAUGCCCAAAGACCUUUAUCCGAAAACAGGACCUGAAGCGGCAUUCGCUCAUCCACGACCCCAACUCGGCUGGGUUCAAAUGCAGCCACUGCGGGACGGGCUUUACGAGAAGCGAUGCCCUGUAUCGGCAC